AUGCAGUCGUCCCAGGCAGCCGUCAUCACCCGAUCAUUGGGUCAUGCUGAAUUCAUUGCCAACCACCCGAUUCCAUCCCUCCGCGAUGAUGACAUUCUCAUUCGCACCGCCGCUGUGGCCUUGAACCCGAUCGAUUGGAUGCUUUGUGAGAGUACCCCGUCCGUCAAUGCGGUCAUGGGACAUGAUUAUGCUGGGACCGUCAUAGCAGCGGGAAAAUCGGUCCGGGAGAUGUACAAAAAUGGAGAUCGCGUGUGUGGACUUGUUAAAGGUGCAGACAACACCCGGCCAGAAAGCGGUACCUACGCGGAAUACAUCGUGGCAAAAGCGGCGAUUCAAAUGAGGAUCCCAGACGAUGUGGCUUUUGAGGAUGCAGCCACAGUGGGAGUCGGAGCAACUACAGCUGGGCAGUGUCUGUUUGGACCAUCUUGUCUCAAACUGCAAUGGCCAGGAAAUCAGAGUCAUAGCCAGAGUCGAGAGACAAUCCUAAUAUACGGAGGAAGCACAGCCUCAGGAAGUUGGAUGAUUCAGUUUGCGAAAUUGGCUGGGUACACUGUUCUCACAACAUGUUCCGCAAAAAACUUUGACCUAGUCCGCCACUAUGGAGCAGAUGCAGUCUUUGAUUAUCAUAGCCCUAGGUGUGCCCAAAUGAUCCGUGAGCACACCAACAGUACCCUGAGGAUUGUCUGUGAUACUGUGGCAACUCAGGACUCCACAUGUAUUUGCGAAGAGGUAAUCAGUGAUGAAGGAGGCCUGUAUCAUUCCUUACUCCCAGCCCAAAUGAGGCGUACCGAUGUGAAGAUGACUUUUAUGAAUUGUUGUACCGCAAUUGGUGAAGAAUUUGAGUACGGGCCAGAAUGCAUGAAGAUCCCUAGCAUGCCCUCUGAGUUUGAAUUUGCCAAGAGAUGGACAGGGAUUGUGAGUAUACUGUGGUCUCAGGGAAAGCUCAAAACACCAGUUGUUGAAAAGCGUGAUGGGGGGCUGAGGAAUGUUCUGGACGGCCUGAAAGAUUUGAAGAAUGGCUCUGUUAGUGGCAGAAAGCUUGUGUAUCCUGUUUUGGGUAAUUAG